AUGAAGCCAGGCUGUGCGGCAUGAUCUCCAGGGAAUGAAUGGAUUUUCUUCAGCACCGAUGAAAGAAACAUACGCUACAGGAAAACAAUGUCCAGCGGGGGACUGCAAAGAUGUGUCAUCCUGUCAGCAUUUAUUCUCCUCCAAGCUGUUACUGGAUUCUCUGGAGACGGAAGAGCUAUAUGGUCUAAAAAUCCUAAUUUUAGUCCGGUAAAUGAAAGUCAGCUGUUUCUCUAUGACACUUUUCCUAAAAACUUUUUCUGGGGCGUUGGGACUGGAGCAUUUCAAGUGGAAGGGAAUUGGAAGACAGAUGGAAAAGGACCCUCUAUAUGGGAUCAUUUCAUCCAUACACACCUUAAAAAUGUCAACGGCACAAAUAGUUCCAGUGACAGUUACAUUUUUCUGGAAAAAGACUUAUCAGCCCUGGAUUUUUUAGGUGUUUCUUUUUAUCAAUUUUCAAUUUCCUGGCCAAGGCUCUUCCCCGAUGGAAUAGUAUCAGCUGCUAACGCAAAAGGUCUCCAGUACUAUAAUACUCUUCUCAACGCUCUGGUACUUAGAAACGUUGAACCUAUAGUUACUUUAUACCAUUGGGAUUUGCCUUUGGCGCUGCAAGAAAAAUAUGGGGGGUGGAAAAAUGAAACCAUAAUAGAUAUCUUCAAUGACUAUGCCACAUACUGCUUCCAGACGUUUGGGGACCGUGUCAAAUAUUGGAUUACAAUUCACAACCCAUAUCUAGUCGCUUGGCAUGGGUAUGGGACAGGUAUCCAUGCCCCUGGAGAGAAGGGAAAUUUAGCAGCUGUCUACACCGUGGGACACAACCUGAUCAAGGCUCAUUCGAAAGUCUGGCAUAACUACAAUAGAAAUUUCCGCCCACAUCAGAAGGGUUGGUUAUCAAUCACGUUGGGAUCCCACUGGAUUGAACCAAACAGAUCAGAAAACACAAUGGAUAUACUCAAGUGCCAACAAUCCAUGGUUUCUGUGCUCGGGUGGUUUGCCAACCCUAUCCACGGGGAUGGUAACUAUCCAGAGGUGAUGAAAAAGAAGUUGUUCUCCAUUCUACCCCUCUUCUCUGAAGCGGAGAAGAAUGAGGUGAGGGGCACAGCUGACUUCUUUGCCUUUUCCUUUGGACCCAACAAUUUCAAGCCCUACAACACCAUGGCUAAAAUGGGACAAAAUGUGUCCCUCAAUUUAAGAGACGUGCUGAACUGGAUUAAACUGGAAUAUGGCAAUCCCCGAAUCCUGAUCACUGAGAAUGGCUGGUUCACGGACAGUCAUGUGAAAACAGAGGAUACCACAGCCAUCUACAUGAUGAAGAACUUCCUCAACCAGGUUCUCCAAGCAAUCAAGUUUGAUGAAAUACGAGUGUUUGGUUACACUGCCUGGUCCCUCCUGGAUGGCUUUGAAUGGCAGGAUGCUUACACCACUCGCCGAGGAUUAUUUUAUGUGGAUUUUAAUAGUAAACAAAAAGAAAGAAAGCCUAAGUCUUCAGCACGUUACUAUAAACAGAUCAUACAAGAAAAUGGUUUCACUUUGAAAGAGUCCACACCAGAUGUGCAGGGUCAGUUUCCCUGUGAUUUCUCCUGGGGCGUCACUGAAUCUGUCCUUAAGCCAGAGUCAGUGGCUUCCUCCCCACAGUUCAGCGAUCCUCACCUGUAUGUGUGGAAUGUGACGGGCAACAGACUGUUGCACCGAGUGGGAGGAGUGAGGCUGAAAACACGACCAGCUCAAUGCACGGAUUUUGUCACUGUCAAAAGACAGCUUGAGAUGUUGGCAAGAAUGAAAGUCACCCACUACAGGUUUGCUCUGGACUGGCCCUCAAUCCUUCCCACUGGCAACCUGUCCACGGUUAACCGACAGGCUCUGAGGUACUACAGGUGUGUGGUCAGUGAGGGACUGAAGCUCAACAUCUCCUCAAUGGUCACGUUGUACUAUCCAACCCACGCCCACCUAGGCCUCCCCACGCCUCUGCUGCACAGUGGAGGGUGGCUGAACCGGUCGACGACCAAGGCCUUCCAGGACUAUGCCGACCUGUGCUUCCAGGAGCUGGGGGACCUCGUGAAGCUCUGGAUCACCAUCAACGAGCCUAACCGGCUGAGUGACAUCUACGACCGCUCUAGUAACGACACCUACUGGGCAGCCCACCACCUGAUGAUCGCCCACGCCCUGGCCUGGCACCUCUACGACCAGCAGUACAGGCCUGCGCAGCGCGGGGUUGUGUCGCUGUCUCUGCACUCGGACUGGGCCGAACCCGCCAAUCCCUAUGCGGACUCGCACUGGAAGGCGGCCGAGCGCUUCCUCCAGUUCGAAAUCGCCUGGUUCGCAGAGCCCCUCUUCAAGACUGGGGACUACCCGUUGGCCAUGAGGGAGUACAUCACCUCCAAGAAUAGGCAAGGGCUCACGCGCUCCGCACUGCCUCAGUUCACCGAGGAGGAAAGGAGGCUGGUCAAGGGCACUGCAGACUUCUACGCCCUGAACCACUUCACCACCAGGUUCGUGAUGCACGAGCGGCAGAACGGCAGCAACUACGACGCGGACAGGGACAUCCAGUUUCUGCAGGACAUCACCUGCCUGAGCUCCCCCACCCGCCUGGCCGUGAUACCCUGGGGAGAGCGCAAGGUGCUGAAGUGGAUCCGGAGGAACUAUGGAGACGUGGAUGUUUACAUCACGGCCAGUGGCAUCGACGACCAGUCUCUGGAAAAUGAUGAACUCCGGAAACACUACUUAGAGAAAUACAUUCAGGAGGCUUUGAAAGCAUACUUGAUUGAUAAAAUCAAAAUCAAAGGCUAUUAUGUAUUCAAACUGACUGAAGAAAAAUCUAGACCCAGAUUUGGAUUCUUCACAUCUGAUUACAAAGCUAAAUCCUCAAUCCAGUUUUACAACGAACUGAUCAGCAACAAUGGCUUCCUUUCUGACAACAGUAGUCCUAGAUGCAGUCAGAGUCAAAGAAACACAGAGUGUAUUGUCUGCUUACUUCUUGUGCAGAAGAAACCGCUGAUAUUCUUUGGAUGUUGUUUCUUCUCUACCCUGGUUCUACUUUUAUCAAUUACCGUUUUUCAUAAGCUAAAGAGAAGAAAAUUUUGGAAAGCAAAGAACUUACAACACAUACCAUUAAAAAAAGGCCACGAGAGUUCUUAGCUAAGCUGAUCCUACAAUAUUUGUCUGCAUGAUGGAAAAGUUUAAAAAUUCACUCCAGUUCCAUAUACUGGUAACUUACAGAAGAUACACCUAUAUUGUAGAAAAACCAGUUUUGAGAUAUUAGUGAUAGCCAAGGUAAUGACAAUAGAUGUCUCCACUGUGUGGUUCAAGUUUUCCCUUAGGUGUUAAACAUCAGUGAAUUCAGUUCUUGGAAUCUAAGGUAAAGCUUCCCUAGACGGUAAGGGUAUGAGGAUUAUCUGAUACAUUGUUUUCAUGGAGUUUGAUGAGCUGUUUCCUAUCAUUAUUCUGCAGUUUUUUUCUAUGAAUACCAAUAGCUACUUAUGAUAAAGAAAUUGUUUUGAAAAAAGUGCAACUUUGUUUGGUUAAGACUCCAUAGCAGAGAUUUAACUGGUAACAUGGAUUAGUCAGUGAUAAAUUCUGUCACUUCUAACAGGUGCUUUCCCCUUUGGUCAGGAUGUUUUCACAAAUGGAAAGAAAAAAUAGGGUAAGUAGUGCUGUCUAUAGCCAGUUACAGUAUAGGACUGUAGCACAUCAAUCCUUAUUUUUCUCAAUAAAAAAUUAUAAUUAUUAAGCACUCACAAAACAUCUAAUUUUGUGAGGUCUCUUUUCCAGAUGGAUGUUUUUUUAAAAUAACAUUUAAUUUCCAAAACUCUCUCAUGUUAAAGAUCAGAUGACUAAGAUUAAAGAGAGCUAGACCCAACUGCCUGUGAUGACAGGGAAGUCACUCAACCUCACCGUACACGCACAGCAACUUCUUUAGACAAAUUGACAUUAUUCCUCACUUGAAUUUUCUGAGGUGACAAGAUGUAGCAUACUUAGGAAAAUUAAAACGUUCUAAAAAGACGAAAAGUUUUUAAUUAUCAAGUUACCAAAGGACCAUUUAUCCCAUAAGACUUGCUCUCUCCCCUGAAGUGCUUCACUGUUAUGACACAUGCAUAUAGAGACCUCUCAAGGUGUAGACUGCAGCCAUAUCUGGACCACUCAACUGUGUCUCUUUGGACACAAUUCAGAACGUUGGUGGUCUGCAUGAGUUGAAACUAUUCUUACAUUGCAACUUUUGAAACUAGGAUUAAGUAAAUUCUUAAACCUGAAUUUGCAGUUUGACUUUCUUGAACUCUAUGCUUAAUAUUCAUUCACUGUAUUCUCAAUGUUGGAAGAUAACCUGAAUCUAAACCCAUUUAUACUCAUUCUUUCUUUAGGUGAGUCAGUAUUUAAAUAACUAACCAUUGUCUACUCUCCUGGAAUUUUGACUUUAAGAGUCAAAGGAGGGACCUCCCUGGUGGUGCAGUGGUGAAGAAUCCACCUGCCAAUGCAGGGGACACAGGCUCAAGCCCUG